CGAAGAUGUGAAGCGGGAAAUCUUACAAGAAGAUUUCCGUCGUCGUGAAUUGGCGGGUACCGAUGGUGCCGGAGUUGCAAGCAUGGGCCGUGGGCACGGCCGUGGAAGGGGCAGAGGGCGAGGAGGAAGAUUUGGCAGCAGCAACUUCAAUGGAGGCCGUGGUAAUGGAGGAUAUGGCAGCAACAACAACAACAAUGGCUACGGGCGUGGGCGCGGUCGAUUUGAUGGCGAAUGCCACUUUUGCCACAAGACCGGCCACAUGUGGAGAGAUUGCUACAGAUUGCCUGAUGGAUGGACCCCUUCUCAAGGCCAAGAGGGCAGAGGAGCAAGGGGAGGAAGAGGCAGAGGUCGUGGAGGCCGUGGUGGUCGUGGAAGCGAAGCGGCAUGCAUGAAAGGUGGAGACUACGAGACGGGCCCGAGUGAAGAUCGAUACCCAGGCCAAUUCUUCUUUGUCUCCACGCAAGCGGCAGCUGCAGCAGGAGGUGUGGAAGGCUUUGAGGAGCCAGCUACUGUGGGAAAGGUCACCCUUCACUCUCUGGACUUUUGGGUGAUCGAUAGCGGCGCCACCUAUAGCAUGACACCUCGUGCGGACUUGCUCACCGAACUCGAACCGUCGCCGGUCAAGCAUGUCACAUCGGCUUUGGGGCAGCGAGCAGAGGUGAAAGGCAUGGGCAAGGCCAUGUUCAAGGGUGCUGAUGGGAAGAUGGUGGGCCUCAAGAACGUGCUUUGGUGCCCAACCUUGCAGCCAACCUGAUUUCUGUGCGGCAUUUGCAAAAGGCCGGCAUGGACACAUCUUCCAAGGGAUCCAAAACUUAUACCGCGCGGCUUGGUGAGCGGAAGCUUUGGGACCUUCAUGAGGACAGGGACAUCUACAAUGAAAUGUGGCAAAUCCCAGUGGUCCCCAUGCCUAAGGAGAGGCAAGUGGCAGCAAGCAUCAGCACCAAGAGUGAAGCGGUUGGUGGCGGUGAUCACGGAAAGCAAAGUGACACCAAGAGUGACUCGAACGAGUGCAAUCUUGGAGAGACCAGCAAGGCAUGUGAAUCCAAGGAGAGUGGUGCAGCAGCCAAAGGUGGUGGAAAUGAGGAGGAGAAUCAUAAGAUCAGCAAAACAGCAGCGGCGAAGGAGAAAGGAGAGAGCUUGUGGGGCACAAUUGCGAGUGCCGCUUUCUCCAACCCGACCUCCGCUACGGGAGAGUGUGAUUGGCUGACCUUGCAUCGGCGAAUGGGGCAUGUGGCAUUGCCCAUUUUGCAGCAGAUAGUCAAGCAAGACAUGGUCAGUGGGAUACGUGUCAAGGGGGAGCCCAAUGAGGUGCUUGGCUGUCCAACAUGCAUGCAAGCCAAGUUCACCCGCUACCCGUUCCAUAGCUCGGAGACAACGGCGAAGGCACCACUUGAUGAGGUGGUGAUGGAUGUGGUGGGUCCCUUGAAGCUUGGAGCUGCUGGAGCUGAGUACUUCCUCACCAUUGUGGACGUCUACACUCGCAUGACUUGGGUAUAUGUGCUGCCCAAGAAGAGUGACGUGGCUGAAACGGUGAAGACCGAUUGGUUGCCGAUGGUGGAGCGGCAACAAGACCGACUUGUGAAGGCGAUUCGCACUGACCGUGGGGGAGAGUUCCUGAGCAAGAACUUCUCAACUUGGCUGAAGAAGCAGGGCAUAAGGCACUCUCUUACCAUGCCCUACUCUCCUGCAAUGAACGGCAUUGCCGAGCGUGCGAAUCGGACACUCACGGAGACGGCUCGGGGACUUCUCAUUGAAGCCGGUCUUCCCAAUUACUUUUGGCCGGAUGCGAUGCCGGGGGAGCCUACAAAUCCCAAGGAGGCUUGGGAGGGCCCCAAUGGGAAGGAGUGGAAGAAGGCCUCAGAUGAAGAAAUGGGGAGCAUCAUCGAGAACGACACGCUUGACUUGGUGAACCUACCUCCGGGGCGUAAGGCGAUCUCUUCCAAGUGGCUCUUCAAGCGCAAGACCGACGCCGACGGCAACAUCGAGCGCUACAAGAGCAGACUUGAGGUGAUGCUGAAGCUUCAAGACAAGUUCAAGUGCAAGACCCUUGGUGACGUCAACUACUACCUUGGGCUUCACAUUGAGCGAGAUGUGGAGAAGCGGUGGAUGCGAGUGCAUCAAAAGAAGUACUUGGAGGCCUUGGCUGCAAACUUUGGGAAGAGUGAAGGUCAUGUGGCUACUCCUCUUCCCUCAGGGUUCAAGUGUGUGAAAGGACCAGCGGAGGAAAGUGUUGGUGAAGAGGAGAGGCGCCGUUUUCAUUCCUUGGUGGGCAGCCUCAUGUAUGCGGCCGUUCACACAAGGCCGGAUGCAGCCUUUGCUACCGGACAGCUAGCUAGGGUUGUCCAAUGCCCUAAUGAAGAGCAGGUAGCAGCUGGAGAGAGGGUGGCCAAGUACCUUGGCCAAACAGCAACUGUUGGACUGCAAUACUCCGCGGCGGCACAAAGGCGUCAAAAGGGUGCGGAUGGAGUCGAACCCGGGAGGCUCUUUCUCACCGCCUUCUCUGAUGCAUCUUGGGCAUCAGAACCAGAGGACAUGACAAGUAGGCUGGGAACCAUCUCCCUCUCGAACUCUUCUUGCUAAGUUUGUACUCCUAAGACUAUUGUGGCUGCUAUACCU